AUGUAUACUGAAAAGGGACACAUAGAGCAGCAGCGCCAAGGGAAGGACUACAUAGACCCACCACCAGCUCCUCUUUUAGACGUGGAAGAGCUGAAACAGUGGUCAUUCUACAGAGCCUUAAUUGCAGAGUUUAUUGCAACCUUUCUCUUCCUCUACAUUGGUGUUGGCACCGUUGUUGGUUACAAGGGAAUUUAUAACAACUUGUGCGAUGGUGUCGGCUAUCUUGGUGUUGCUUGGGCUUUUGGUGGCAUGAUUUUUGUGCUUGUCUACUGCACUGCUGGAAUUUCUGGUAUUGUGUACACUCCUAUGAAGACCUCCAUAUUCCAUUGGAGGGUUUCGCUGGUUCGAGCCGUGGCCUACAUGGUGGCACAAUGCCUAGGAGCUAUGCUUGGCGUAUGGAUAGUGAUGAGCCUCACUCACUCCCACUACCAUCAGGCCGAUGGUGCCGUCAACUUAGUUCAACCUGGUUACUCAAAGGGUACUGCCUUAGGUGCCGAGAUCGUUGGCACUUUCGUACUGGUUUACAUCGUCUUCGCCGCAACUGAUCCUAAACGCAUGGCACGCGACUCCCACGUACCUGUUUUGGCUCCAUUGCCUAUUGGUUUUGCCGUUUUUGUGGUGCAUUUGGCUCUAAUUCCCAUCACUGGCACGGGGAUCAAUCCUGCUAGGAGCCUUGGUGCUGCUGUGGUUAAAAAUACUAAGGAAACCUGGGAUGAUCAUCUUGAUUACGAUCUUAUUGGUGAACAGUGGAUUUUCUGGGUUGGGCCAUUUGUUGGAGCACUUGCAGCAGCAGUGUAUCAUAAAUACAUACUCAGAUCUGGGGCCAUCAAAGCUUUGGGAUCAAUCCGCAGCAAUCCUACCAACUAA